AUGUCUUCUCCUUUGCUCAGCUCCUCCAAAACCUCGGGCCUCAGGGGAGACCCCGUCGCAGCUCCCCUUCGGCUGUGGAGGGCGCCCUCGCAGCUGUUCAUCUCCAAGGGACACGAUUCCUACUCGAAGAAGCAGCUCCUUCUGAGGAUAGGGUGUAAGGUGAGGACCUCCAAGGAAGCUGCCGGGAGGGUCCUCCCGGAGGAUGCGAAGAAGGUUGCACUCCCCAGCGCGGCGCCGCCGUUGUCCGGGGAUGGUGGGGGAAGUCGCCAAGAGAGCGGAAGAGUUCCAGUGGGGAACCAGAAGCUGGGGAGUGCUCCCCUGUGGGUUCCUCUCAAGAGAGUGCGGAAGAAAAUUCUGGCGCUCCUCUCCAACCUUCCGCUCGCUAUCGGGGAGAUGUUCACCAUUGCGGCCCUCAUGGCGUUGGGUAUGGCACCGUGCCCUUUCCUUCAGGUUUCUUUCCUUCUUUUCUUCCCUUACAUGAUAGAAUACCUCCUUUCGAUGCACCUGGGUCAAUCCAGAGCAGGAAUUGGGUAUGGGGGAGAGGAUGCAAUGAAGGGGCUGUGUUAAAAGCUUUCAACGUCCACUUAAUGGCCGCAUUAAAGCUGUCUUCUUGCUUUUAAUCUUGUUCUGUAUUUGCCAGGUACCUGUAUAGACCAAGGUGAAGCGCCGGACUACUACUUUCAGAAGUUCCCAGAGGAAAGCCCCGUUCUGGGAUUCAUCACCUGGAAAUGGAUUCUCUACCUCGGCUUCGACCACAUGUUCUCAUCUCCAGUCUUUCUGGGAAUGCUGGCUCUUCUGGCUGCGUCACUCAUGGCAUGUACAUACACAACGCAGAUACCCAUGGUUAAAGUCGCCAGAAGGUCCAUUUUCUGCGGGAAAAAAGCUUUCUUUUUUUCGUCAAACUCGUACUAGUUCGUCAUUACCUGAGGAGAUUAACUCAAUGUUUGAAGGUGGUCUUUUAUGCACUCAGCUGAGAGGAUUCGGAAACAAGAGUUCUCUGACACCCUGCCGCAGGCUUCUAUUCAAGACUUGGGUGUCAUUUUGAUGGGUGGGGGAUACGAGGUGCGGCCUUCUGCUUCUCCUCUGUUCUUCCUGAUACUGAGAUCUUUUUGGUAGAAUACGCCGAGUCAUCCUAAACCAUCUAUCCAAACUUUGAUUAUCAAUUUGUUUCUUGAAUCAUGUGAAUUAAUUUGGCAGAAAAAUAUCAACAAUAAAUCAUCCAGCCAUUAUCAUCUAAUAGGUCCAGAGAAGGUCAAUCUUCCUCAGACUACUGAUACUGAACCCGGCUCUUAGAUUGGCAUAUUGGUUAUGAUUUUAAUUAUUAUUAUUUGUUAUGAGUCAUAAACUCUGAUAUCUCAUAAUUCGUUGAACCCUGCAGGUCUUUCUGAAAGGCCCAUCUCUGUAUGCUUUCAAGGGGCUGGCUGGUCGUUUUGCUCCAAUUGGCGUGCAUCUGGCCAUGCUUCUCAUAAUGGCUGGUGCCACCGUCAGUGCCACCGGCAGCUUCCGCGGUUCAGUCACUGUCCCUCAGGGGCUCAACUUCGUUGUGGGUGACGUGAUGGUUCCUAACGGGUUUCUUGCUAAUCCCAUCGGAGCCUUCGAUACCGAGGUUCAUGUCAACAGAUUCUACAUGGAGUAUUACGAUAGCGGGGAGGUAUCUCUACUGCCGUGCUGUUGUUAUCCAUCUCGAAAUCGGGUUCCCCAGUCUGUCCAUUUUGUUCGUGGAUCGUGAAUGGGACUCCUAAAAACGUGAGCUUUUUUGGUGAAUACCCAGGUUUCCCAGUUCUACACGGACCUCUCUCUGUUCAACAUGGACGGGAAAGAAGUCAUGAGGAAGACAAUUAGUGUGAAUGACCCGUUGAGAUAUGGGGGAGUCACAAUCUAUCAGACGGACUGGAGCAUUUCGGCGCUUCAAGUCAUCAAAGAUGGGGAAGGACCUUUCAAUCUUGCGAUGGCCCCUCUGAAGAUUAAUGGCGACAAGAAGCUCUAUGGGACAAUCCUGCCAGUUGGAGACCUCGAUUCACCAAACGUGAAGGGCAUGUGAGUUUGAUCUAUACAAUGGAGUGAAUCCUGGUUCUACAAUUUUUAGCUUGCCCUGGCUGAAGCUCUUUCCCUUCCCACUGAAUCUCAGAUCGAUGUUGGCUCGUGAUCUGCAAUCCAUUGUGCUGUACGAUCAGGAGGGGAAGUUCGUGGGAGUUCGUCGUCCUAGUUCAAAACUUCCCAUUGAAAUCGAUGGCUCAAAGAUCAUAAUUGAGGAUGCCAUUGGCAGCAGCGGCCUUGAUCUGAAGGUGAGAUCUCGGAUAUACAAAAAGAAAAAAAGAAAAAAAAAGGGGAUCAAGCAAUUUUCUGUUAUGUCUUCCACACAAUAACCAUAAUUGCUUCUUAUGGCGUAUCUGGGUGAUUGCGUUGUUGUUUUUUCUAGACCGACCCAGGAGUUCCUGUUGUCUAUGCCGGAUUUGGUGCGCUAAUGCUGACAACCUGCAUCAGCUACUUGGCUCAUUCACAGGUGGCACAUGUUCUUUUCUUCUCUUUUCUUUUCUUCUGAGCCCCAGUCACGUAAUUUCUAUCCUUGGAAUGCUCCCUUCUGCAUUCAGGUGCAUGCUAAUUUGGGUUUAUUUUUCCGCAGAUAUGGGCAUUGCAAGAUGGAACAACAGUGGUAAUUGGAGGGAAAUCUAAUCGGGCCAAGCUAGAAUUUCCUGAGGAAAUUAACCGCUUGCUCGACAGAGUUCCAGAACUCGUGGGCGUUGACGAUUUUGUGAGCAAUCUGACCACAGAGCAACGAUCUCUGGACUCUUCAAGCCCCUAG